UCCUCCAUUUUUCCAGUCUUGAAUUUCUAGAAGAGUCCUUGCCUCCUUGGAUGGCUUGAAAAUAUCAAAACAAAAUUUCCCAAACGCGAAAUGAGCUAGCUACCUUCGCAACAAAGCAAUUGAAAAUAAUAAAAAAUAGUUUCCUUUUACCAUACUAGUAUUAUAAUUGUUCUAACUUUUGCUAGUACUACAAAUGAAUAAAUCAAUCAGACAAAGAUUUUCUAAUUUCCCAUCCCAGGACUGCUCUUCUCUAACGUUAAAAAGAACAAACAGAAUCCUUCAUUGAGUUUUGUCCAAUUCUCGUGUUCGAGUGUGAAGAUGGGUGGUCAAGAAUCGUUUAUAUACAGCUUUGUUGCACGAGGUACAAUGGUUUUAGCAGAGUUCACCGAAUUCACCGGCAACUUCCCGGCCAUUGCUGCUCAGUGUCUUCAGAGAUUGCCUUCAACCAACAACAAAUUUACUUACAACUGUGACCACCACACCUUUAACUUCCUCGUUGAAGAUGGUUACGCUUAUUGUGUUGUUGCCAAAGAGUCUGUUGGGAAGCAGAUUUCUAUUGCAUAUCUGGAACGUGUGAGAGCUGAUUUUAAGAAGAGAUAUGGUGGCGGUAAAGCAGAUACAGCAGCUGCCAAAAGUCUAAAUAAGGAGUUUGGACCCAUUAUGAAGGAGCACAUGCAGUACAUAAUUGACCAUGCCGAUGAGAUUGAGAAACUGUUAAAAGUUAAGGCCCAAGUUUCAGAAGUGAAAAGUAUUAUGUUGGAGAAUAUAGACACGACAAUUCAAAGAGGGGAAAACCUAACCAUUCUUUCUAACAAGGCUGAAGAUCUACGUGAUUCAGCUCAAGAAUUCAAGAGCAAAGGUACACAAAUCCGACGAAAAAUGUGGUACCAGAACAUGAAGAUUAAAUUGAUCGUGCUUGGAAUUAUCGUCUUUUUUGUCCUUGUAAUCUGGCUAUCCAUCUGCCAUGGGUUUGACUGCACCAACUAGCUCUCUACUAUCAAAUCAAAUGCUUAAUCUUGGCAAAGGAACUCUGCUGACGCACGCAGACUCUUUCAAGCGAUAACAUGAUUGCCGAGUGGAGCAGAUUGGAAAUCGGGGAAAACGGUCAAGGAAAGGGAGGGGGGAAUUUUUGAAUGUGUAUUAUAUUUGGUGGUUUGCAUGUGUUAAUGUGAUUGUUUAAUCUAGGUAUGAGGGAUUCUAGACAUUCUUUAAUUUUACGGCCUAGAAUGAGAUAAAAGUUACACUUUGAUGUCCUUCUAAGCAUUUUCUAGUUUCUGUGUCAUGCUCCAUAUGUGGCUUUGUAUAUGAACACGCUCAGCUCAGCUGCAGAGUAGUUCUAUCUGUUCAUAACAAUGCAUAGUAUUGUAUCUAUUUCAGGGCAUAAACCUGUUUUCGACA